AUGGAUUUCAAUGAUUCUCGGGGUCUAUUAGAGAGUAUGACUAGAGUUCCCGCCCGCGGCCCAUCAGAGCGACCCGCUUUGUUGAGAUCGAAGUUUCUCAACACCUGGAUGCGGACUUUGCAGUAUGAAACGGACGAAUUUGACGAAAUGGACCAUGAGCAAGCGACAAGGGUGUUAAAGAUGUUGGAAAAUCUUGUUCAAAGCGAAUCAAGUCAGGAGCAAUACACGAGAUUACACCAUGCUAUGCCAAAUCCAAAGUUUGAAGCGUUUCGUCACUUGAUCCAGCAUUUAAAUAAUGAUCUAUUUGCCGAUUCAAUUUCGCCUACUUGUAUCAGCAAACGCAAGAGGGGAAAUGACUCUACCAUUGAGCACCUUUCACCCUUGGAAAUGGAGGCAAAGAAACGCCGAGUUUUGUCUCAUGAUGUGUUAAACAUGAGCAAUGACCUGGGCGAGCCCAAAGUGGACCUUGCUAGUUUGACGAGGAAACACUUGGUGUCGCUACACCAGGCAUUGCAGGCACAUUGGACCUGCGUGUGUCAGAAGUGCUCGGGCUUGAGCGUGAGACUCUCAUUGCCCCGACUGAAGAUGGAUUCUCAGAUGGAGACGACCUUCGAGGUGCUCUUUGGAAUGCAAUCUCAAUCUGAAGUUAAAUUCCAAGAAUCUAAGAUAACAAUCAAGAACGUACAAAAUGAUAAGGUUCUAGGUACAUCUGAACUUGCACCUGAUGUUUUUCCAGAGUCCGCACACAUCUGCCAGUGUAUCACAGAGUCGCUGGAUCAACAAAACUGCAUGCAUCUUCUCCUUGAAGACGGGUUAUUCAAGAAGCUCUGCCCGCAGCCAAAGACUUAUGGCGAUUCUCAACCGCCUCAACUAGUGUCUCUGUCUGCUCUUUUCAAGCGCCAACAAGAGUUAAGCGGUGGUUCAUCUGUUUUACCACUCAAAGGAAGACGAAUCUUAGCGCUUGUGCUUGCCACAGCGCUACUGCCAUUCUUAGAGACACCUUGGAUUCAGCCUUCGUUUAAUCACUCAAUGAUUCAAUAUUUCCAGAAGCUACAGGACGGGGAGCUACCAGAUAUCACGAAACCUUUCCUGACCAUGGAACAGGUUCCAAUUUGUCCAGGUGACAAGACGAGUACUAGAUAUAGCCAACCUAAAACGGCCAGCUCCGAACACAUGAUACAUCCCAAUGCCAGUGUGUUGGCACUCGGGAUUCUCUUGUGUGAGCUCCACUACUGCACAUCCAUAGAGUCAUGGCAGAAUGACUCGGAUACAGCCCGAAAUGUCAACACUGACUAUUACACCAGUCUCAAGCUUCUUAAAGACUUAGAAGUCGACGCCAGUGCAGACUACUAUCUCGCUGCCAAAGCAUGUCUAGAGUGGGAAUCUUUUCCUGCUGGAGAGCUCAUGAACUUUGAAUCUGAUAGUGUUCAAAGGCUCUUCUAUCAGAAUGUUAUUAAGCGACUUGAAUCGGAGAUAUUUAAAUCGUGGCGUCUGCGGCUAGAGGAUUUGAGCUCUCUCGAUUCUCGGCAGAAUGAACUCUGCUGGGGCCCAGUGGGCCGAGAUGUUGUCUGUCAGCAAAUCAACAAGAUGAAGUCUGAAUCCUCUGCCAGAAACAACGACAAGUUGACAGUUUAUUUGCCUCCAGCCUCCAAUAUGACACCUCCAAGCUAUAUUUUGCGUGAUCCAGCCAUGUCUAUACAAACGCCGGCCCAAUACACUCAGAGCCUCCAAAACCACUCACACUGUGCGGAAUAUUCUAGUAAGAAAGGCCUGCAAUUUUUUGAUGCAAAUAGUCUUACUGCCUCUAAACAAGACAGCGAACUGUCGGCAAAAUGGAUAGACAGACUUAUAUCUUCGAUUUCUCGCCAUGUUGAUUCCUUUGAUGCUGCUAUGCAGCUGUCUGCGAAAUCCAUCAGAAAUAAGUCCAACGCAUUCAAACCAGUUAGAAUAGCAAUUAUAGAUACUGGAUUUGAUGCUAGUCAUCCAUUCAUAAGGGGUCAAGAUAACCAGCUCGAUGCACGGAUCAAGGCAGCACAGAACUUUGCGCAGGGAUCAAAUCCCCGGGACAUUCAAGAUGUUGUCGGGCACGGCACUCAUGCUCUUGGUCUCCUCCUCAAAGUUGCCACGUGCGCUGAAAUUUAUAUUGCCAAAGUUGCAAAUAAGGAGAAUGCGAUCAAUUGUGCAGUCACUGAGUGGAAAGUAGACAUUAUAUCAAUGUCAUUUGGAAUUCGUGAAUAUCAUGAGCCCAUGAGAGCCGCGGUAUCAAACGCAAUACAUAACCAAACAUUAAUGUUCGCUGCAGCAUCAAACGACGGAGCAAAUUUCGGCCGAUGCUUCCCGGCAAAAUAUCCUGGCGUCUUUUGUAUGCACUCGACUGAUGGAAAUGGAAACCCUUCUGGAUUCAACCCUACAGCAGUCGAAACUGAUGUCAACUUUAGUUUGCUUGGGGAGCAUGUCUCUUCGCACUGGCCAGUGGGGAAGGGUUGCCACAACCAAGUCGACAAUGUCCUUUCAGGAACUUCAGUCGCAACUCCAAUUGCCGCGGCGCUUGCUGCUUCGGUCCUAUCCUUUGUCCGGCAGCAAGAACUAGGCUUGCCUCCAGGAACUAAUUUGUUGGGGCCGUGGUUGAAAGACCCUCAUUCAAUGGAUGCGGUUCUAAAGAGCAUGGUCAGACAGAGGAGAGGAGCAGGCUAUGACUAUAUUACGCCUCAUACACUACUUGGUUUACAUUCAUCAAGGGGGGAAGUUUACAACAAGAUUAAAGAUAUUAGAGAGCAUAUGUAUGACUAG